CACAAAGCGAUGGUGUUCCGUCUGAGCCAAAGUUCUUCCCGCCCCACCGUGUCCGGAUGGCCGCACGGCGGAGAUUACCUGGAAGAAGAAGUGACUUCUCUUUUAAACGAUUCACAGAAAAUUGACAAUUUGAAUUGCCGGAUCGGAGUUCCAUUUUCAGGCGCCGUCGAUUUUUCCAUUCCAUCAGUUCCGCUGGUGCCUGGAAAUCCGUAAUUUCUUCACUAGAGAAGUUGGCUUCUGGCACUCCCUGCUGCAUCAAACCAUAACAGACAAUUGAAUAAGCUCCAGAUUGAUCUGAGAAUGACUCGUACAUCAUUGUGAUUCAUGUGCAAUUGCAGCGUCGUCUGCAGAAGUCGUAUUUUCCUUCGUCCAGUUGUUUACCAUCUCCAUCUGUGGUCUGUGUAAUGUCUGAGGUGAGCAAGAGUCAGGGUACUUCCAUUGAGCGCUUGAUUGAGGAAAACAAAUGUUCACAACCCGUUCAGGUGGAUCCCGACAAUGGAGUUUCAAUGGAUAUACUGAAGGAGGACAUGGAUGAACUGAACCAGAAGAAAGUUUCAAUUGUGAAGGAUUUGCAACUUUUACAAGAUAGAGUCAAUAAGGUGGAUGCUAAUGUGGUGCAAAAUUUGAUAUCAUGCUUAAAGACUUUGGAGGACCUUGGAAAGCAGGAAUCUGAAUUCCUAUCUACUUGUAAUUCAAAACGUAGUAAAUUACAAGAUGAGAUUAUCGAGCUGGAGGGAAGAUUAACUGGAUACCAUGAAUGCUCAAAUUUCUUGGAUAGCUUAGAUGAUUUGAUUAGGGAAUCUGAGGAGGAAUUGAAUUCAGUAAAGAAGGCACUCACAUCGAGCUUAAGGGAAACACUAGCAUUAAAGAGGCUUCUUGAUGACGUGCCAACCCAAACUGAACUCAUCCAGUACGAGCGCCGAUUUUCAGAGCUAUAUAUUAACAUCCAGGAUAAACUUAGGCAAACACGCAGAUUCUAUGCAACCUACAAUGCACUCUUGGAGAUAAAGGAUCUGAUGUUAAAGGAGACAUCCUUAUUGAAUUCCAUAAGUUCACAGUUUCAAGAUGCCAUAGCCAGCUCCACGAGUCAAACUAAACUUAUUGAUUCCAUGGAGGGAAUUCUGAAAGGCAUUCAACUGAAACUAGAUAAGGUGCAUCUCUCUCAUCAAGAAGAGCAGCAGGUCUGCAAUGCUUUGAAAGAGAAAUAUGCUGUAGCAACUGCAGAGCAAAGACGUUGCUAUACACUCUUAAAAGCUUUCCAGGAGGAAUGUGCGAAGAACGAGAAGCUUCGGACCCAAAAUUUCACGUGAAAGGAUUUUAACCAUCACCAAUGCGUGUGUUAGCCUUCAUUCAAUUUGGUAGGUGUUAGAGUGAGUUUUUGUGCCGAAGGGGAAGAAAGAGAAAUUUCAUUAGAAGACUUCAAUAUAGUCGUGAUCAAUUUCAAAUGCGUCGUCGUCCUGUUCCGAUCUCAAAGCUAGCUGGUAUGUGAAACUAGUCCUCCUUUUAAUGACUUCUGAUCCGUAAUUGCCUAACCUUUCAAGAGAUAGAGCAUUUGUGUGUAUAAAUAAUGUUAGUAUUUAAAAUUUUUCUACUCUAAGAAAAUUUCUCUCCACCCUAGAUUCCCCCUUGGAAUGCUUCACUUUUGAGAGGAGGAUUAAAAAGUCUAGUGUACAUUAAAAUAACAAUAAUAAUUAUUCAGUCUCACAAGAAUAAUAUAUAUCAUGUUUUGAAUA